CGCCAGCCUUGCCAUGAUGCCUGGCCAGUAACACCAGCCAUGACCUGCAGGGACAGGCACAAGAGGUAGUUUGGUCUUAGCGAGGUCAGCCCCGAGCUCUGCCCGUUGAGGAGAGACCUUCUGGAGGGAUAAUGCCAACUCCUGCUGCUCCCUGCUGAGCUGGGACACCAAACUCAGACUGCCUUAGGCCUGAAGCUGGACUUUACCUGCAGUCCUGGUCUUAGAAGGAAAUGCUGUCUCUCCUCUGUGACCAUCCCUCAGCUCUCCACGUCUUCCAUUGAACAAUUGACUGUCCACGCUAGGAGGCAAGGAUCAAAUGGGUUGAGGACAACUGGCCUUUCUUGGCUUUGGCAAAGAGGAUCCUUUGGUGUGAUUUUUAAGUGCCAGGACAUGAAACAGUAAAUCCUUUCUUCCUGCACUCCUGCCUCCUGCAAGCAGCCCCGACUGCGGUCCAAGCCAGCCAGUUAAAGGGUUAACCAUAGCUGGAUGCCUGAAUGGCUGCCUUACUGAUCCCACGGAGGAGCAGAGGGAUGAGGACUCGCCUGGGCUGCCUGUCUCACAAAUCAGACUCAUAUAAUGAUUUCACAGCUAUUCUUCCGGACAAGCCCAACCGGGCUUUGAAAAGACUGUCUACAGAAGAAGCAACAAGAUGGGCAGACUCUUUUGAUGUCCUUCUGUCCCAUAAAUAUGGGCUGGCAGCUUUCCGUGCUUUCCUGAAGACGGAGUUCAGCGAGGAGAACCUGGAAUUCUGGCUGGCCUGCGAGGACUUCAAGAAGACGCGCUCAGCGGCCAAGCUGGCAUCCAAAGCCCAGCGCAUCUUCGACGAGUUCAUCGACGUGCAGGCUCCUCGGGAGGUGAACAUAGACUUCCAGACACGGGAGCUGACGAGAAGAAAUGUGCAGGAGCCCUCCCUGUCUUGCUUUGACCAGGCUCAGGGGAAGGUGCACAGCCUGAUGGAGAAAGACUCGUACCCCAGGUUCCUGAGAUCCAAAAUUUACACAGACCUGCUGUCUCAGACCCAGAGGAGGCUCAGCUAGAGCAGCGAUGGGGCCCUCAGAAACCUCGUGCUUCCCACAGCAGCCACAACCCAUGUUAAAUGUGAAACUUGCUUGGUGUUAAAAGCACUGGGAAUGGGAAAACGGGGAGAAGGGGCAGAGGAAACUUCCAGAGGGUGAUCCAGGUGUUGUAUUAAGACUCUUUGACUUUCUGUGCUUUUAUUUUUGUUUUUUUGGUUAGCAGUAGCACCUUGCAGUCGUUGCCUCUCUCUAGAACAAACCCAAAACCCUCCCGAGUCACGGGCUGGUGUGUGGGGCAGGGCAGGUUUCCUGUAAAGUCACUGGGCUGUUUUGUGUGUAAAUAACACCUUUCCAUCCUCCCACACAUCUCCCUGUCUCUCACCUCUCCCUAGUGCCCGGAAGGGCCCCGAGGGCAGCUCUGACACUUGUGAAGCCACAUCCAGCCCACGUCUCACACUUUGGCUGCUCUGGACCCAGAGAGCAAGAGGAGGGAGAGAGGGGACAAAGGCACAGGAUUCAUUAAUUCCCUUUCCUGGAGUGCAAACCAUCAGCAAACUCAGCUCACCUCCCCUUUUGUUUGCACACCUCAUGCCAUGGCUGCUACCCUGCCACUGCCCCUUUCCCUUCAGACUCAGAGUAUUCUCCCCAGCACUGUGGAGGAGCUGAGCUUUCCCUGUGAGGAAGGUAAUCCCAGAAGCUCUCCCUGAGCCUGGGCAGGCCAUGGGGAGGAUUGUUUUUCAUGGCUGUUAUUUAUUUGUGGGUAGCUCAGCCUCAGGGCCCCAGCCGUCAUCCAGGCUCUGUUGUGCUGGGCACUGGACCAAAACCUUGCACAAAGGGGCUGCCACAGGCUUGGUGGCUCCUCAGGAGCCUGUUAGGAGAGAGUGGAGAGCAGGAAUGUCCCCUCUGCCCCUUGCUGAGGUGUAGCAAAAGCACAAGACCUGCCGCAGCGUUUUCCAUGUGGUACCUGGCCAGCACGCGGCAAGGUGAAAAAAUCACAUUUCUGUUUUUGUUCUUUCCUGAUUACUGACUGCUCCUUCUUCCCAGCUGUCCACUGUGGGUUCAGUGCCCUGCAAAGGGCUCCCCAAGACACAGACCUGCUGCAGGGUGCUGCCUGGGAGCAUGGGGUGAGCAGAGGGUGUCUGGUGUGCAGUGCUGCUCUCUGCCCUAUUCCCAUAGCCUGGGUGGCCACUGCAGGAGGAGAUUCUGCACAGACAUCAGGGGUGUAGCACCUCCCCUGCACUGGGCAAUAAUUCCUGCCAUCUGAUGGCCCCAUGUCCAUGGCAUUGCUGUUCCAGCUUGGCAGAUUCCUGCAAUAUUUUUGAGGGAGAAGCAGACAGCCUGUCUGUGGGUUUGAGCUGACAGACCAGAGGUCUGUUUUCUUAAUUUCAUGAAGGCCUGGAAAGCGACCCCAUGGAUCUUUUCCUCCUCUCAGUCAUCCCCAGAGCAAACCUCUGCUCCAGCCAAGGGUGGUGGGUGGGUUUGAUCACAUCAGAAAGCUGCUGAUAAAGACUUUGUGCAAUGUGGUGCAAAUGAGGUAGAAUGUAUUCUAAAGCCAAGCAUAACGUGCUUGGAACAAGAUUAAAAAAAGUCUGGCUGGAUAUUAAAAAUUACUGUCCAUCAAUUAAGUAGGGAACAGCUUUUUCAGGCUUUUUGCAAGGAUGAUGUGCAGGACAGUAGGACAAAUAUGUUCAGGAUCAAGACAGAGAUGGUAACUAUGCUGGGUUUAUUCUGGAGGUGUAUUCCUGUGGUCUCCAAGACACUGAAGUUCAAAUACAGUGCAAGUGCAAACUUUAUGUUCAGUAAAAAUUCUGCUCAGGAAACCCUCAGUAGGGUGCCUGCUUGGUCAGAUCCUUGGAAGGCAAAUCCCAGCUCCAGUUAAAUUUCCAUGAGGAAUGGUGAGAAAGAUCUGGAAAAUGCUCCAGAUCUGCCAUGACUUCUCCAAGGGCACCAGGAGCUCAGUGUCCCAGAGAUUUAUGGCAAGCAAGGCACAGUGAGACAGGUCUGGGGAACCUGUGCAAUGCAUGGAAGAUUUUCAGACAAUGAUAAGUUUGGUCCAUUUACAUAUCAGGGGUUAAUCCUCCAAUUACAGCUUCAGGUAAGGAAGUCAUUUACCCCCAGUUUGCUCCCCCAUAAUUCACUUUUCUUGAUACUUUUUGGGGCCUGAGGCUGAAGGGUGUCCUUUGUCUGACCAAAAUGUGAAGACAGUACUUAACACUCUAUAUGGAGUUUAGAGUUAUGCACUAAAGCAGUACAAGAUUUGAAAAAUAUCAAGGCUAAAAUAAAAGCAUCAGCCUGUGGUCCCAGUUUUACCCAGUGAUCCCUCAGCUUCCCAGCACUGUGGCACCAAACAAGUGCUGCAGGUGGUGAAGGGAGGCCCCCUUGUCUGGCCCUGCCUUCCUCCUUUCCACCUUCCUCUUGUGCAAAAAGCAGCCCAGAGGGUGUGAGAGCCAGCAGCAGGGGGAUUAGGCAGCCAGGGCUUUUAAAGAGAAGGCAGAAGGUCACUGCAGCAGGCCUGGCUGGUGCUGACCUCUAGUGCCAGCUGAGCACCCCAGACCAGGCUGGGGGCACCCUGGGCAGGGUCACAGCCAGCCAGGCCAGGGGACACAGCAGGAGGGAGAGCUCGUGGCAGGAAUGUGAGUGGGGACAACCCCCAGGCUGCAGAGCCUGGUGCUGCUCAGAGUGUGGCUGCAUCUCUCCACGAGAUCCUCCAGCAGCCUUGGUGCUGCUGGCCUUUCAUUCCACGUCAGAACUCAUGGGAAAACUUCAAAGGGGCCAACACCCUGUAAAUCCAAGCUCCCUUCUCUGCCCCAUCCCCCUGGGGAAUUGCUUGGAGCAGGGCACACCUGGAGAUGCCAUUGCUGUGACAGGAGCUGGAAGCAGGCUGGAUGAUGCAGAAGUGUUUUCCCCAUUAAAUUGGUGCCAGAUAUCCACUGGGAACAGCACCCUAGAGCACAGAGUGGAGCAAAAGUGUUGUCUGAGGCAUGUGAGUCUACUACAGUUAUUUUUGUUGCUGCUCUUGCAGUUUGUCUCUCUGGAAGGAAAGUAGACUAGUUAUUUAAAGUAAAAUUCUGUUUUUUCUUAAACAAGAAAAUGGCACCAGCUGCUUCUUUUAUGGCAAAUGCUGUUCUGAAGUGAAUCAAAAUAAGCAGCUUGUAGCUCUACCCCUAAAACCAGGGGCUGAUCAAGGAAAUAAUGACUGAGCCAAAGCUUUGGAAAGAGCUGAGUGGUGACUAAUCCCCACUGAGGACAAAUAUCCUACCCUUGAUUCAUCUCUUCCUGGUGUGAAAGGGAUAUUCACAACCUACAAACCCACUUCCCCUCUCCACAAGCACACACCUCCAAAAUUUCCCUCCUGUUUGGAGCAGUGUUAAAGUGUGCCAUCACAUGAAGAGAAGGGAAAAAAAAUUGGUUCACUCAGUUCUUUUUAUUCAGUUUGCUGGCACAUACCUAGUCAGCUCCCAGGCAGUUUGAUGGCAGAAGGGAAAAAAAGAGUUCACAGAUUUCCUUUCCCUUUUCUACAAGCUUCAGGUGGUGCUGACUCCAGGAUCAGAGGCAGAACUCUAAUCCACCUAAAGCUUCUCCUGCUUUGGUGCAUCAGCCAGGCUUGGGGUGAUUUCCAUCACUUUUAGUGGACUCAGAAAUGCACCAAGGUGUCCCUGUUGUCCAUGCUGGGGAGGUGGGAAGGGCAAAGUCACCCCAGUCUAAGCAGGGGAGGGGGAAAUUGCUGUGUGUGUCUGGGGGCCUGGGUGAUGAGAGUGCAUGUGACUUCAUCUGUAAUCUUAUUUAGUGUCCUCUACUAGAGAAGCUUUUCUGAGACAUAGAUGUGCAUGUUAAAAUAGAAGAACUAGGCAUAAAUGACAUAAACUGAGAUCUUUAGCCAGUGUUGUGUUUGCCUCGUGUAUAAGUCCGAGUAGUAGUAAGAGACAUAAAACUCUGCUAGGCUUCCAGUUACCCCUAAGAGCACAUGUAUCAAACUGAACUGAAUGUUCACUGAUAGACACAAAACCAAAAUGUUUACAGCAUUCAGAGCAAUAGCAAAGCAUACCUCAUGCCAGUCCUGGAGUGCCUCUCACCCAUCAGUGCAAGCUCUCCCCUCCCUGGGGCCUCUGGCUUCUCCCUCCAAAGUCCUCUCUCUGUCCUGUCCUGGUUGUCUUCCCUCCUUGAAGCACUCCAAACCUUCCUGUCCACCAGCACUAUUUGUCCUCAUCUAUCUGAGCCUGGGACUCCCCUAACCUGCCCCUGUUUGCCUCUCCUCCAUCCCCAUGCAUCCCUCCUCUCUUCUUUGCCUUUCCCUUCCCCAGACACUCAUCUCUGGCCAUGCCAUCUCCCUCCUACAUGCCUCCUACUGCCACUAAAGUAAAGCUCCUAGGAGCUUUUCCUUGCCUGUUAUAUAAGAACAAAUGUUUCACAUCACUUCUGCAUUGUCUUUCAUCCCUGGGGCAGCUGCAGCUGUCUCCUUCCUUGGUGCUGUGCUCUCUCUGGCAUCGUAGCAUUAUAUCCCAGAACUGGAAUUAAAGUUCAUUUUGCUGCUAGACCAGAAUGCUUCUCUCUACCACGCACCCCUUGGGCUUUGCAGAGGCUCAUCUUGUCCCCAGGUCUUUUGUCUUCCUCCUUUUUCCCCUUCCUCCAUGCACGCUGCACACACAGUGCUUGUGGCAGGGGCUGGCUGGGGCAGAGGGCAGCCCUGCUGGGGUCACUCACAGCUGGGCACCCCCGUGGCUCUCUGGUUUAUAAAAAUAGUCUCAAUAAAGGUGUGUGGGUUGUAUUUGCUCGGCAAAGUCAGUCAUUGUGCUCUGUGCCUCCUCUUGGCUUCCCAGGAGAACGUGCCUCUAAUCUGGGACUGUGUGAACUCAGCUGAGUUCAGGGAGUGAGGCCGUGGGAGGGAGGUGGCAGAGGGGGAUGAGCUUGUUACCAAAAACAUCCAACAUUCCUGGCAAAAAGGCACGGGAGAAAAGGCAGUGCCUGCUCCUGGGGGGACCAGGGAGCUCUGGGGACCAGCUGUGCUGUGAAUUGUUUGUCUCCAGUAGCCCCACACCUCCCAGUUUGCCCAGUGUGCUGCAUGCCCCAGGCUGGCUCUAAAACGUGAUGGAUGAGGAGCUGCUCAGCCCUGCAUUUCAGCAUAGAUAACAGCGUUAUCCUGGGAGAAAUGUCUUCAUGGUGCUCUGUCAGUGCCUGCAGCUGAAAAGCAGAGAGGGGAAGGAGGCACCUGCUGCUGUGUUUGCUCCUCAGACCUCUGUGGGACUCCUGGCAGCCAAGAGAGCAGGGGACAGCACACCCUGGGAUAGAUCCCCCUUCCUUAAGAACCAUGACUGAAGAUCUCAUCUUCUUAUAACCUCUCUUCCCAGCUCCUCUAUGAGUUACCCAAACCACAUUUGUCCUUAAGCUCCUUGGCACCUCCACCCUGGUGGGAUGGCAGUGUCCCCUUGAGGACCUGAUACAAGCACAAGUGCUCACUAAGGCUGCUUGGAAUAACAAAGGUGUCUCAUUCCACUGGAAAUGAACCCGUGGGUGGCUCAGAAGAGACUGGUGAUGGCUCAGCUGCAUGCAGUGAACUCAGGAGUGAGCCACCAGGUAGAAAGAACAGCCCAAAAGUGCUUCCCCCUGCCAGGUUUUUAUUUCUGUGAGAUCCUGCUGCUGCAGCUGCCACCUCUGCAGUGUCCAGGUGCUGCUGGUGUGGGGAGGUAUCAGCAGGAGCAGCUCGGGCAGGCCACACAGGCUGUUCAGUCUGAUCCCUUCCUGCUGGGAAAGGCAUGGGCUUGGCUCCCUGGGCUCCCCCUGCUUGUUUGCCAGGCUCCCCUUCCCUGCAGAAGCUCCUCAGCCACUCCACAAACCCCACUGGUGACAAUUCGUGUCACCACGCUGUGCAGUGUUGCACCCCUUCUGUAUAGACACCCUGAGUGUGUAAUAAACAGCCU